AUGGGCAUUGAGCUCGGCCUAGGCCGUGUAGAGAAGCUCCUCAAGCUCUUGGCCAACCCUCAUAGGCAACUCAAGUGUAUACAUGUGACAGGUACAAACGGUAAAGGCUCAACGCUAGCAUACUUAUCGUCGAUACUCAGUGAGGCCAAUAUUCGUCAUGGUCGCUUCACCACCCCGCAUACGAUCCUGGUGAAUGACAGCUUGAGUAUAAAUCGAGAUGCUUUACCAAUGGAAAAGUUCCAACAAUACAAGAUGAAGGUUCAAGCACAAAACGAUCGCCAUGAAGUGGGCUGUACUGAAUUUGAGAUUCUCACCUGCUCCAUGUUCUUAGCAUUUGCCUUUGAAGCGGUGGAAUUGGCACUUAUAGAGGUCGGACUUGGUGGACGAAACGAUGCUACAAAUGUCGUUUCGAAAGAUGAGGUCCUUGUUAGUGGCAUCACCAAGAUUGGGAUUGACCACGAGAAGUUUUUAGGGAAUACCAUUUCGCUGAUCGCUCACGAGAAAGCGGGCAUAAUAAAAAACGGAAUUGACUGUGUUGUUGAUCUGACAAACAGUGAAGAGGCUUUGGAAGUGAUCAGAAAGCAAGCAGAUCAACAGGGUAGCCCGCUACACGAAGUAAAUGGGUCAUCAUCUCGCAUCCAGAGGCUUAUAAAGCUUUCUCCGCUACGAGGCAAAUACCAGGAGCAGAAUCUUGCAAUCUCGUUGAAGAUUGUUUCCCUUCUAAGGGACAAAUAUCAAUACAAUAUCUCAGAUGAGGCCAUUGAGCGGGGUAUUCAAAAGACUACGUGGCCAGGAAGACUUCAACUUGUUCAGCACCCUGAGAAGAAUAUACAAUUUCUUCUCGACGGAGCUCACAACGAGAGUGCCGCCAUUGAGCUUGGUAACUAUCUUGAAGAUGUUCGCAAAGAUGACGAAGGUAUCAUUUUUGUCGUUGCACUCACUAAAGGAAAAUCCAUAGAGGGCUUGUUGAAGCACAUCGUCAAAGGUGAACACGACACAGUGAUCCCAAUGAAGUUUCUGCAGCCAGAGGAUAUGCCCUGGGUGCAUUGCUACGACGCGAGUGAACUAGCUCAAGUUGCAAAGAAGUUUGUGAGCAAUGUCAACGAAAUCAAGCUUGAAGAUGCGAAUGAGCUUUUUGAGCAUUUACAAAAAUUAAAGAAUGACAUGGAUAACAGACAGGUUGUCAUUUGUGGUAGUCUCUAUUUGUGUGCUGAUAUACUACGGGCCAUCCAGUACGCGCCCCAUCAAAGAUAA